AUGUUCUCCCAAAAGAAACCCUACACGGCCGUCACCGUCACCAUCGAACAUCUGACGAGUGAGGCGAUACCGGAAAAUGAUCUCAGUGGAAUCCCAGAACUCGUCGAAGUCAUCAACCUCCAGGAUUCAGGUCCUUCAGAAGCCGCACGCGCCAUCAGAAAGAAGCUCAAGUACGGAAAUCUCCACCGGCAACUCCGCGCCCUCACCCUACUGGACGGUCUCAUUCAGAAUGCCGGUCCCCGCUUCCAGCGAAGCUUUGCUGACGAGGCUCUGCUUGAGCGUUUGCGGUUUUGCGGCAAGGCUCAGCUGUCUGACCCGGAGGUGAGGAAGAAGUGUACAGAGCUCUUCCGCAGCUGGGCCGUCCAAUACAAGGGCGUCCGCGGACUAGAACAGAUUGCUACUCUUCACAACGAGCUUCCUAAGAGGAAGCAGGUAGUGACUCAGGAGAGGUCCAAGGUGAUCAAGGAAACAUCAAACCCCUUUGGGGAUGAUGACGAUGAACUCAGAAGCCCACCGGCGGCAGGUCCAUCCCAGUCUGGACCUCGCCAUGGCCUUGAAACAAGGACAGCCGGUACCGUUCAAUCUUUUAGCCAUACUUCCAAGGACGACAAGAAAAAGAAGGAUAAGAAGGGCAAGAGACGCCAGCCGUUCAAUCUCGAGGCUGAAAAGGAGCAGAUGAAGGCCCAUAUCGCCGAAGCCUCCAUUGCCUCGAUCAAUCUCACCAACACACUGCAGACCAUCAACCGAGAAAAGGAGCGCAUCUCGGAAAAUCAGGCGGCGGUGCAGCGGUUUGAGGCUUGUAAGAGUCUUCGCAGGAAGAUUCUGCGUUAUAUCCAUUAUGUGGAAUCCGAGGAAUGGCUCGGCAGCCUUCUAUACGCAAACGACACGCUCGUCACGGCACUCAUGACGUUUGAGCAGCUUGACCGCUCCAUUGAUGCGGACAGUGAUUCUGACGAUGAACUUGCCGAGCAAGCGCACCUGUACCGAAUGGCGACAGAAAAGCAAAAAGGCAAAGAGCCAGGUUCGCCAUCGAGGCCCAGAUCUCCAGUUGCCGGUAUGGCUAGUCUCAACAUCACGUCUCCUGCUCGACCAUCGGCUCCACCACGGCCAUCUGCACCCAAACCGUCUAUUCAACGCCGCGUUGAGCCGUCCGAUGAUGAAGACUCGGAGGAAGAGGAAGAUGACAACCCGUUUGCUGACCGGAAUGCCGUCCUUAAGGCGGAGUGA